AUUCCCAACGAGCGGGAGGAAUGAAGAGAGUCAGCGCGUUUCUUACAGUUUUGUUCAGCUUGAAGCGCAAUGAGCUGUAAUCGAAAAUAGUUUUGCGCGUAAAACUGGUGGUUGGCCAGAACUGGAUAGACUAAUAACUCAACUAAAACCUGUUUAUGAAUGAAACGAGAGAAUUCUACUGAAGAAACGGAAGCCCGAAGACCUAGCAAUAUAGAUUUCGCUUUUAAAUAUUAUGUUCGGAGUGACUGAAAUAAUCCAUCUAUGUUGGUUAGUGAGUGUUGUGGUCGGGAGGAAUGGCCGCGCGCAGCAGUGAUGGACACUCCGUGGACAGAUCCUCAAAGAAAAGGAACUGCAAGUUUUUCACAAUAGACAAAGGUUCAAGGGUGGGACUGUCUGAACAUGCUUUCAAACAAAUCAUGCGAGAACAUUACCAACAUCGAUGUGAACGGGAAUCCGGUGAUGAGUGCUGUGAUGUUCAUCGCUGGGGUGGUUGGCAACCUGAUGGCUUUGGCUAUCCUGGGAGUCCACCAAAAAGAGCGUCGCACCAAGUCUUCAGUCUUCUGCAUUCUUGUGACAGGACUGGCGUUGACAGAUCUGCUGGGAACAUGUUUGCUCAGUCCACCGGUUUUCAUUUGCUAUGCCCAAAGAAAAUCCCUGGUGGGUCUUACGGGAGAUUGGUGGCUGUGCGGACUCUUCGCCUUCGCCAUGACGUUCUUCGGCUUGGCCUCUAUGCUCAUACUGUGUGCAAUGGCGGUGGAGCGGUGCCUCGCCAUCAGUCACCCGUAUUUCUACUCUAAACAAGUGCGGCGCAGCUUCGCCAAGAUCGUCCUCUUCCUCAUCUAUCUCUUUACCUUCAUGUUCUGCUUGUUGCCGUUCUUUGGAUACGGACGGCACAAGCAGUACUGCCCAGGCACAUGGUGCUUCAUCAAGAUGGAGGCAGAAGGAGAGGGUGAGGAUGAGGAGAGGAGAACGCUGACCUUCUCGCUGUCCUACGCCGUGCUUAUGGCGCUGCUCAUCGCCGUUGUGUUCGUGUGCAAUGGUUCGGUCAUCGUAAGCCUAUGCCGCAUGCACAGGAGCCAGCUGACACGUCGGGGAUCGGUGGUUUCGGCUGGACGAAAGAGGAGGCUGAGCACCUGGUUUGGACAGGGAGAGGAGGAAAUGGACCACUUACUGCUGCUGGCCUGCAUGACUUUCAUCUUCGUCAUUUGCUCCUUGCCGCUGACU